CGUCGGGCGGCGACUCGGAGGUCCGAGGCAGUCCCCCGCCUUCGGCGCUUGGCUCGGAGGAUGGAUCCCGGGCCCGGGCCCGACGCAGCGCCGCUGAGUGGCCUGGCCUGGUCGUCGGCCUCGGCGCCCCCGCCGCGGGGAUUCAGCGCGAUAUCCUGCACCGUGGAGGGCGCGCCCGCCAGCUUCGGCAAGAGCUUCGCGCAGAAAUCUGGCUACUUCCUGUGCGUCAGUCCCUUGGGCAGUCUCGAGAAUCCGCAGGAGAACGUGGUGGCCGAGAUCCAGGUUCUGGUGGACAAGAGCCCCCUCCCGCCCGGCUUCUCCCCGGUGUGCGACCCCCUGGACUCCAAGGCCUCCGUGUCCAAGAAGAAACGCAUGUGUGUGAAGCUGGUGCCCUUGGGGACCGCGGACACGGCUGUGUUUGAUGUGCGGCUGAGUGGGAAGACCAAGACGGUGCCCGGAUACCUGCGAGCAGGGGACAUGGGCGGCUUUGCCAUCUGGUGCAAGAAGGCAAAGGCCCCUCGGCCGGUGCCCAAGCCCCGGGCUCUCAGCCGGGACAUGAGGGGCCUUUCCCUGGACCUGCCCGGCCAGCCCAGCAGGGGCAGCUUCCCGGAGCGGACGCUGUCGAGGCUGGGCUCUCGAGCUUCCACGCUGCGGAGGAGCGACUCCAUCUACGAGGCCUCCAGCCUGUAUGGCAUCUCAGCCAUGGAUGGGGUUCCCUUCACGCUGCACCCCCGGUUUGAGGGCAAGAGCUGCGGGCCCCUGGCCUUCUCUGCAUUUGCCGAUCUGACCAUCAAAUCACUGGCGGACAUUGAGGAGGAGUACAACUACGGCUUUGUGGUGGAGAAGACAGCGGCUGCCCGCCUGCCCCCCAGUGUCUCGUAGCCCUUCGCCAGCCCCAGGGAAGAGCCCCCUGCCUGCCACCUCCGGCCGGGCAGCUGCCCGCGCCACCCCAUUUUGGGAACCUUGGUGGUGCAGGGCAUUCCGGACCCUCAGCCACCUGGCAGAGCUGCAGCCCUGGAGGAGGGGACCGACCUGUCUGCUUGGUGAUGGGGUUUCUGCCCCUGGGCCCUGCAGGGCAGGGGUGGGGGCUGGACGAAACCAGUGCCUUCUAGUCAUUCGUGUCAAAACUCUCCUGUGCCUGGAGGCCACGCGGGCGUCCUCCUGGCAAUAAACACGGCCCUGUCCUGGCUCUCUGGUCCUGAUCCUGGCCAUGGCUUCUGCGGCUGGCAGUCCUCACCACGCACACUGAGCAAGCAGGUGAAAUCGUGGCAUGGAGGCAGCACUGCUGCGGCUCCGUUCACAGAGGGGAAACUGAGGCUCAACGGGUGCCUGAGCCCGGAUUCUAGGUCACAGAAAGGACCUGGGCCCGCCCGCCUGUCCAUCAUUGCAUAGAACAGUGAUAACAGUAACGGCCGCCGUUUACCUCACCUGGACCGCAUCCCCGUCCCCGAGCCGCUGUCUCAUUCGGUCUUCCCACAGCCAGUGGGAGGCCCCGGUUUUGUCGCCAGUUUACAGAUAGGGAAACUGAGGCAGGCUAAGGUCACAGCCAGGAUUCAAACCCAGAGCCUGCGCUCUUAACCCGCACGCUGUUGAACGCGUCCCUUUUCCUCCGCUGUGUGGUGGAUACAUGCAGUCGAUUCUCAUUAUUCACGGCAAAAUUCUGUAGAAUCGGGAAAACUGAGUUAGGAAUUAGGGAAUACUGGAUUCCUGGAGAAAUACUGAGUUAGGUUCCCGUGAGCCUCUGGCCACGUUCCUCAGGGGUCAGUUCACAGCCUUGGUCUGCGUGCCCCUGUGGAAGGGUGCCCUGUUGUAUGUUGUUGAUCUGCAGCAGUGACCUCACGGCCAGCAGCGCUGUGACUCGAGCCUGAACAAAGCAGAUCCAGCCCUGUCUCCACAGGGCCCAGGCGGCCUCCUCACACGCAGGGACACCAGACAGCACUCUGCACUGUGCUUGGGGCCUUUUUAAACAGCGAAAUCACCAACGAAAAGCACAAAAAUGCAAAAAUCGUGGCACUCAAUAGACCUGGGAAAGGGCACUUAUCUACAUACAGUCUGAGAGCUGGAACCAGAAGGCAGAGCGUCACCUUCUCCAACUCAGAUUGUCCCCUGCUCUGUGCGUGUCCUCCCGGGACCACGAAAGCACCACUGAGUGUUGAUUUUGAGGUUACAGGUACAUUUUAGCCCGUAGGAGAAUUUCCAAAUACAGAAUCUGCAAAUGGUGCAAGUGGACUGUCUGUUAAGUACGCUGGCCCAGGCUCACACACUCCCGAGUCUGCUGCUUCCUCUCCUGCCCCCUCUGCCAAGGUCUCCGUAGUGCCAGGGUGCCCAGGUUCUGCGGCAGUCAGGCUAGCCCCAGAUCUCCGUGGCUGAGAAAGGCUAAGGCUUGUUUCUCACCCACACCACGUGCCUGUGGCAGGGGGGCAACAGACUGCUGGUCGUGCUCGAGGAAACAUGCCUGAAGGAGUGGCCACCCUGUCGCCAGACAGUGGGAAUGGACUCAGAAAAGUCUCCACUGUGAGUUAAGUGCUCUGGCCAGGAAGCGCCUGUCAAAGUUCUGCUCACAGCUCAUUGGCCGGAACAGGUCUCUGGCCAGAAGGGAUGUACCACCCACCCAGGCACUUGUGUCUAACAUUCCCCUGGGGAUCUGAUGGAAGGCACAGCCCCGCGCUGGGGUCUGAGGGGGAAAACAGUGAGCUGUCCUGGAGGGGAGGUCAGGCAAAAUGUGCCGCCUGUCCCACGCACUUGGGCUGCCCUGGAAAAACUAGGUCUCUGAUGCUGAGACAUCUCCCCGCAUCUCCCCCUCCGGGCACAGCCAGCACCUGCCAGGUCCCGCCCAGACUGCUCUGGCACCUGCCACAGAAUCUGAUCCGGCCGGGAAGCAAAGGCUGUUUGUUCUCCCUGGCCGCCUUCUCAGCCAUCCCAAGGCCAGCGCCGGAUCACUUUCCAGGGUGUCGGCAUGUGACCGGGGGCUGCUGGAUGACCUAGGCUGGCCUCGGGUUUGACUGGACGGGCCAUCAUCGCCGAGCCACUGACCCUGCAAAAUCCCAAGCCCCUGAGCCCUGCCGGGCCAGGGCCAGCCUCAUGAAGGGGCCAGGGAGGCCCCGUGGAGCCCCUGCACCACUCCUCAUGGGUCACGUCAGCGCUGACAGCUCCAGCUGAGCUUACGUCAUCUCAGGCUACGGAGGAGGGAGCCGAAGCUCGUCCUCCCUGCAUUUGGCUCGCUCCCGGGCGCUGAGAGCCAGGCGUCACUGGGGCCUGGGGACCGAGAGGGAACUUCUGGAGAGACGUGGUCCCAGCUCCACUGCUCACUAGCUGGUGACGCUGAGCAGUGGCCUGACCUCUCUAUACCUCAGUUUCUCCAUCUUUACAGUGGGAGUCUCAACGUUCCUCACUUCAUUGGAUAGUUCUGAGGGAGAACGCGUGUGGGGCUGUGUCUCUCCGCUGCCCCUGCUGAUGGUUGCAAAGACCCUUCCUGGCUCUGACAGGCCUUCUCAGCUGGAAGCCUGAAGUUCAAGCAGGGUGGAUGGAGACUGCAACUCCUGGUGGCUUCUGCUAGUGGCAAACCCCACACUUCCUGUAUUCAUAUGUCACAGAGCCCAGCUUCGGCCCCUCCUGCCCUCUCCACCCCCAGAUCAGAGCACCGACCUGUGUCAGCCUUGACGUCCCUUUGGGCCCCCUCCUAGCCAAACCCCCAAAGCUACUGUCUUCUACCCCAUCAUUUGUUUUGUCUGUUCUUGAACUUGAUAUAAAUGCAAUGCCCCAGUGAGUCCUCUUCUGAGUCUGGCUAAUUCUGUUCAAUGUUAUGUCUAUUACAUUCAUCGGGGUGUUGCCUGUAUCAGUAACUCCCUGUUUUUGUUGCUGAGUAGUAUUCCACUGUAUGGAUGUGCCACAGUCUGUUCAUGCAUUCACCUGUUGAUGGACAGCUGUGUUGUCCUCAGUUCUUGACCCCUGAGUAAAACUGCUCUGUGCACUCUU